ACGGAGCCGUCUCGGAGGAAAGUAGUCCAGCAGAGGCAGGCCGCUCCCUGAGUCCUACCAGGCGAAGGACUCAGCCCUGGGGUCGCGAUGUCCCGGUCUCGGGUCGCCGGCAGGGGGCGGGUCCGGGAGCCGAGGGUGGGCACGUCGGACUCCAGCUGCGCGCUUGGGGCUCCCCCGGGAGCGGCGCGAAGUGGGGAGGGGCAGGGGGCCCCCGGAGCUCGAGCGCGGGCUCCGGCUAGCCGCGGGCGCGGGAACAAGGCGCAUCAUGCUCGCCGCGGUCCGGAGCCUCCUGCGCCUCCGCUCGGGGUGCAUCCCCCGCUGCGCCCCUGGAGCACCGCCAGAAACCUCGAGGCGGCCGGUAGCAUCUCUCCGGCCCCGGGGUCUUCCUCAGUACUCCAGUGGCGGGGCCCCGGGCGGCUCGGAGCCUCAGGGUUCCGGGAGGGUCCACAGGGUCCCCGCCGAGCAUAAGCCGUCGCAAUUCGACAAGAAGAUCUUACUGUGGACCGGACGUUUCAAAGCGAUGGAAGAGAUCCCCCCUAGGAUCCCGCCAGAAAUGAUAGAUGCUGCAAGAAACAAAGCACGAGUGAAAGCCUGUUACAUAAUGAUUGGACUGACAAUUAUCGCCUGUUUUGCAGUGAUAGCAUCAGCCAAAAGGGCUGCAGAACGACAUGAAUCCUUAACGAGUUGGAACCUGGCAAAGAAGGCUAAGUGGCGUGAAGAAGCUGCAUUGGCUGCACAGGCCAAGGCUAAAUGAUACUGACAAAGUGGUAAUUGGAAUAUCAUCAUUGUUAUCAGCAAAAAUAAAAGAUUGGUAAGAGAAUAUUCAA